UCAAUCUUAAUAAUUUAUUCUGUGCUGGAAGUGUAGGAUGUGAUGUUCAAUGGACAUGCUUUGGUUGCUGUGACUUGGUCUGACAGCCCACUCACAAUCAACACUUGACACCACACUGGACAUGUAACACUGGCACUGAUCAUGUCUACUGAUGGUGAGAGCAAGCUCCCGAAAAGAAAAUCUCUUCUACCUGGCAUCCAGAAGUCACCAGGCAUUUCGAAACCAAAUUCAACAAGCCUGACGCAAACAGUGCCAGCAAAUGCACCAAUCAAAAAGCUGGAAAUCGGAGAGAGAGUUUCAAUUAGUGGAGUAAAAUAUGGUACCUUAAAAUAUUAUGGAGAAAUUCCAUUAGCCAGUGGUAUUUGGUGUGGAAUUGAGUUGGAUGAAGCAGAUGGUAAGCAUGAUGGUGAAGUGGAUGGACGACGUUACUUCACCUGCGAACCCCAACAUGGUAUUUUUGCACCCAUUGAUAAGGUGGAAGCAGUGCAAUUUGUGCAGCUAAGUACAGAAAAAGAUUAUCCUGUUAUUUCAAAGGAGAGCCCUGUUCAUCAGCAAGAUUCAGGAAAGAAAACUCAGUUUGAUGAAGCAAGUAUUACCAAGAAAAGAUGCUUGCCACAGCUUUCUUCGAGGUCAGCUAUUUCGAGUCACUUGCCAUCUGCAAUUAUUUUCAAUAAGAAUGAGCAGAAGCAGAUCCCUACAAAGUUCAGUGCCCCUAAGCAUGAGGUGGGAGAGUCUAAUAUUGACCUUCAACAUGGAUCUCAGGUUACAAAGAUUUCCAGUAUUGUGACUAGUGCAAUAAAACCUGUCAUACAGGCAACACUGCAAUCUCAAGAUGCUGUCUCGAAAUAUAAACAAGAGUUUUUAGAACAUGCAACAGAUUCCAGCUAUACUGAUGCAAGUAGGCCAGAUGCAGUACGAAGAAUACCAAAAGCAUCUAAUCUGCCUGGUGCAUCACGUUUACCCAAAUAUGGUAAAACUGACAGCAGGACUCUGCACAAGGCAGCUACAAGUACAUCAGAUACAAGCAGCCAGCACAACCAGCCAGCUAUGUCACAACCUAGCAGUGAUAAAACCUUUAACACAACAUUUAAUGUUGACAAUGAUGAAUCUAAUGGUGGAGACGGUUUUAGUGAUGGAGUCAAGCUCCAGCUGAGAGCUGACAGCCGGCAGUACUUAAACCUGACAUUUGAUGCCGAUAAUGGCAUGCCGUCAUUUUACAGUCUACCAGAUGUGGUGUCUUCGGCAUCACCAUCCCCAGAAACAAGGAAGAAGAAUGAACAAAAUUACAUCUUUGACACCUGUGCUAGUGAAACUUCAAGUCUGUUAGAUACUGCCAUUUUGGACAACACUGAUCUUCUAGAUAACACAGAUGUGAAGCAGUUAGGUGACAUGAAUUACCGGCCUGUAAAGGAAACCAAUACAUCUCAGACAGGUAAACUAUUGGCAUCCUAUCCAGGAGAGGUGAUAACCUCAACACCUUUGGCACAAGAGAAAAUAAAUGUGAAUUCAGAUUCUUGUGACUCUGUUGGACACAGACAUGGUUCUGGUGGCCGUGUGCCAAUACUUCCAAACCCGGGGAUUCGUGAAAUGUUUUCUAAAUUGCCCGGAGCUGCUAUGCAGAAUCAAACUCAGAUUUGUUCAAAUGAUGAAGUUGAAAAUAAUUUGUAUGGAGAUGAUGACAAUAUUCUAACAUCAAAAGAAAACCAAACAUUUUAUAUUGAAGAUGAUUCUGUGUAUAAUACCACAGGGAACAGUGCUAAUGUUGAUAUCAGUGUUCCAGUAGAUGGAUUAUUGGUGGAUAAAACAUUUGUUGUGGAAAAGGGUAUUACUGAAAUUUCGAUGCCAUUGGAAGAGAUGGAAUUAUUGGAAAGUCUUGGAAAGGAAGAACUUAUUGAAGACUUUCUUGGGGCUAUUACUGAAAGUUUUGUUCAGGAUUUGGAACAGGUUUUAGACACAAAAUGCAUGACUGAUUCAGGAAUUUCGGCCAGAUCAAUGACGGAAUCAGCAAUUUCGGACAAACUUUGUGUCAGUUCCACAGGUUUGAGUAAACAAGGCAUGGAGACAGUAACUGUUUCAACAUCUGAAAAUAUAAAGUCGAUGACUGAUUCGGGGAUUGCAAAGUCUAUGACUGAAUCGGGUCUUUUGGAGGCAAUGCCGGUGAUGCAUUCUAAGAAGAAAGCCAUGGUAGAUUCGGGCAUAUCCGAUGAGUGUAUGAGUUCUAGUCAGCAAAUUGACUUUGAGGAGCAGAGGCUUGAGUCCGACUUGAAAGCAGGUCAUGUGAGGCAGGAGAGACCUGUAUCGCUCAUUUCCGCCACCAGUGCAGACACAGGGUAUUUCCCAGACACUGACUCAGAGAUUGGCACCUUGACAGCCAAUUCCCCAUCUGAUUGGAUGGAAAAACAGAGUGUGGGGUUAUCCAUUUCAGACAAAAAGAACAAGGAACUGAUGGCGGUGCAGACUGUGGAGCCGGAGACCAGGUCAGACUUCUAUAGUGAUGCUGGGACACUGCUCAACACAGACUCGGAAACAGACUCGGACGACGCGGAGGAGGUGGCUGGCGUAUGUAUUACAGCAUCUGACCUCAGUGGGAUUGGCCUCCUACAGGAUGACUUCGAGUCUGCUGAUGCAUUCAAAACAAUGGUCAUGGACAAAUCAGGUUCCAAGGAUCAAGAAAAAGAUAAUUUUUUGAAAUCCAGUACUGACCAAAGUGAGACAUCUGAAACGGCGUCUGAAACCACUACUCCCUCUGUGUCAAACGGAGAUUCUGUCAUAGAGAGGGAAGUCAUUCCACUUUCUAGUCAUAGUGACAUUCACUCUAGUCAUAGUGAUGUUAAUUCUAGUCAAAGCGAGAUUGCUGGAGAAGUUAGCAAAAUUAACAGCUCCAAACCCAGUGAAUUGUUGCCAAGUAAACCCAAUUUAAAUGUUGGGUAUGUGGAACUAGUCCAUGAGUCCUCAAAAGAAAAACAUUCUGAACACAGGAAGUCCAGUGUAAAGAAGAAACCAAUGGAAAAAGUGGAGCAUAAAAAAAUCAAUGUAAGUAAAGUGAGAUCCUCGCUGGCUGACUACAUCAAUUCACCCAUUCCUGUGAAACACAGUGAUGAAAAAGAAAAUGAAACAAAGGCCAAGAAAAACAUGUUGAACAAGAAAUGGGGAGAUAAUAAAAAAGUGUCAACAGCAAAAUCUUUAGAAAAAGUCAAUGGAAAUGAGUCGGACAAAAAGGAAAACUCUGAAAACAAACAUAACAGAAUUAUAGUGGAAAAGGAGAUUCCCAAAAUUAAAAAGUCUACUCCAAAAAGCAAAUGGGGGAAUAUUAUGUCAAAGAUUGAGGCAAACAAGGAGGUGCCAUACAAGCCUAAACCAAAAAGCGAAAUAAAAAGCAAGCUGGACAUUUUUUCUGUAUCAAACACGUCAACACCUAACAUUGUGAAAAAAGAAAAAGAGUUGAAAAAGCCAAGAUCAAAACUAGUGCAGGUUCAAAAGCCUGAUUUCAGCAAAGUGAAAAGUAAGCUGAAUAUUACAGCUCCUCCAAGUGUGAAGAGAGACCAGUCACCAGCAGAUGUAAAGAAAACAAGUUCAUCAAAAAGCGGCAAGCGGCAAUCAAAUGGCAAUUUGCAUGUUGAUUUGAGUGAAUCAUUAAACUCGGCCCAGAGUUCGGCUCGCACCAGUCACACAGAUCUCAGUGGAAACGUGUCCGACAGCCAGUCCCUUUCUCCAGGCAGGUCCAAGUCUCACACACCAAGAAAUUCUUUGAGUCGAGUUUCAAAUCUGAAGUCUGAACAUCCAUCAAGUGCAGGAAGUUCUCGCAGUGAUAUUUCUCAGGUGUCGGUGAAAGUCCAGAAUGAAAAGAACAUUAAAAAGUCUGAGAUGCCAAGAGCAGACAAAUCAAAGAGGUUUAGUGACGUGAAGAGCUCAAUUCCGCCCCCAGAUCGAAACCGGGCUGUUCGAAGCACAAAGAGCACCUAUUUGAAGUCCUCUCACCAACCGGACCUUGUCUCCAACUCACUGCAACCCAGUUCAAAUGAAAUAUCUCGCCUGGAGUCACUAUGCGAGAGUCGGACAAAAGAACUCAACUACGUCAAGAUGCAACUCAAGUCAAAUACUCAAGCCUUUGAUGCAAUGAGCUGCCUUGUCCGAUACCUCACAGAAGAACUGGAUGCCUUUUCGGGUCCUUUGCUGUUGGAGAAAUUGAAGACAUUAGAAGCUGAACUGGUGGAUGCCCAAUCUCACAUUGGUGAGGUUGAGCAGCACAAGGAGAGGUUGGACAAGGACCUUGAUGACCUGAGGCGGCGACACCAGGAGGAACUCGAGUCUCAGAAACAGAGUCUGGAGACGCGGCACACAGAGACAGUCAGACAAGUACAUGUGCAUCAUGACCAAGUGAUUGCUUGCAUCAAGGAAUGCCACAGUGAAACUGUAUCUGAUCAGCGCAUUGACCACCAGAGAGCUCUGGAUUCCAUGAGAUUGUCUCAUCUGGAGGAAAUAGAAACUCUUCGCACAAAACAUGACCACCAGAUGGAAGAACUACAUAAGCAGCAUCGCAGUAAGGUGGAUGACAUGACAAAUAGAUUUGAAAGUAUAAAGCUUGCACUCGGGGAGAAAGUAGAGAUGAUGAAGAUGGAGUGUGAAGAAAACCGGCGACGCGCUAAAGCCAGUGAGGAGGCUCUUCUCCGAGAUUCCGACGUUCGUGUGCAUCUUGCUCUACAGCCAUACCAAAACUUGCCUAAGGAAAUUGAGAGCUUGAAGACGGUCGUUGAAAUGCGAAAUGAAGAGAUACAAAAACUUCGCCUUAAAAACAUGGAUCUUGAAAAACAUCUUGAAGAGUUGCCCAUUGUGCAAGAGAAGCUGAUUUCUUGUCAACAAAAAAUUGAAAACUUGGAGGCUAUUGUGAACAUAAAGACAGAUCAUGAAAAACAGCUUCAUGGGAAGUGUCAGAACCUGAUGAAAAAGUAUGACAAGGAAAGCAAGACGAACAAGAGGCUGUCGAUGGACUACGAGGAGUUAAUGUGGCGCAUGAUCCAGGAAUCUUCGACGUCCUCUGACAACGUCUACCAUCGCCAGAUCAGCCAUUCUCCUCCCAGCAGUGGGAAGUCGUCACCGGACCCAGUUAGGAAGGGUCUCACUUCCACUGCUGGUGACGCGGAAGCAACAUUACGCCGCUGCUAUGGAGAUGAUUCCUUUGAGCGGCGACUCAAGCGGCGCUCAGGAACGUUCAUCAUCGAGUCAAAGGGAUCAUCUCCAUCAGCCAUUCCACAGGCAAAAAGAUCAUCAUCAGAGGGAGUAGAACCAUGUUCACCUCAAUCGUCGGCCGUCUCUUGUUCGGAUACCAGCAAACACUCUGUGACAGAGUUGUCCUCCCUGGACACCAGUCUACAAAGAUCAUCAGAGGGAUUAGAACCAUGUUCACCUCAGUCGUCGGCAGUCUCUUGUUCGGAUACAAGCAAACACUCUGUCACGGAGUUGUCCUCCCUGGACACCAGUCUACAAUCUGUCUCGAGCAGUGAGCUUUCCACCUCGAACACUAGUGACCAGUCUGUCUCACAACAAAUACUGUCUCUUGACACAGCUGAGCAACCCGACUUGCAAGCGAUAGGAGGGGACUGUGUGUUUGAAGAUGAGAAGAAUGACGAUGCUGAAAAGAAUGUCUCUGUAAACGUUUGUGUUGCCCUGCCAGAUGAGGGAAAAUGCCAAACCACAGAUGAAGAAGAACAGUCACUUCCACAAAGUGACGAGGAACUAUCACCUCCACAUAGUGAUGCACUCUUCUCUUCACACGAUGGAGGACAUUCCUCUUCAAACAAUGGAGAACCAUCACUUCCCCGUGACAGAGGUCUGUCAGCACAGACUGAUGAGAAACAGUCAGCACAGACUGAUGAGAAACAGUCAGCACAGACUGAUGAGAAACAGUCAGCACAGAUGGCACAUACUGAUGAGAAACAGUCAGCACAGACAGCACAGACUGAUGAGAAACAGUCAGCACAGACUGAUGAGAAACAGUCAGCACAGACUGAUGAGAAACAAACAGCACAGACUGAUGAGAAACAGUCAGCACAGACUGAUGAGAAACAGUCAGCACAGACUGAUGAGAAACAGUCAGCACAGAUGGCACAUACUGAUGAGAAACAGUCAGCACAGACUGAUGAGAAACAGUCAGCACAGACUGAUGAGAAACAGACAGCACAGACUGAUGAGAAACAGACAGCACAGACUGAUGAGAAACAGUCAGCAAAGACUGAUGAUAAACAGACAGCACAGACUGAUGAGAAACAGUCAGCACAGACUGAUGAGAAACAGACAGCACAGACUGAUGAGAAACAGUCAGCACAGACUGAUGAGAAACAGUCAGCACAGUCAACACAGACUGAUGAGAAACAGUCAGCACAGACUGAUGAGAAACAGUCAGCACAGUCAACACAGACUGAUGAGAAACAGUCAGAACAGACUGAUGAGAAACAGACAGCACAGACUGAUGAGAAACAGUCAGCACAGACUGAUGAGAAACAGUCAGCACAGACUGAUGAGAAACUGUCGGCUCAUCACAGAGUAGUUAAGGAAUCUGACGUGUAAAAUAAUCACACACCUACUGUAUAUCUUUGCCAGUAAGUCAACCUUGCCUGUAAGUCGAGCCCUGAAAACUUUUUUUUAUUAUUGUCCCUUUUAUAAGUCGACCUAUAAAAAAUGACCAAUAAAUGUUAAAGUAAUUCUUACUUACCCCCCCCCCCCCCCAGUUUAAAACAACAUUGUGAUGGAAAACGUUUGACUUGUAGUUGAAGAUAUACGGUAAACAUUGGAAGUUAACUAGACCUGAUCUUUCUAAGUGUUCAGUCACAGAGGCUGCCUGAUUGGUUUUCAGGUGGAUGAGACUCUGUGCCUUAUCCUGCUAAAUCAAGAGUGCAAAAUGUCAAUGGUCGUUCCAUUGGUUUCAUUCACUGGAGUUAUCUUUGUGAAUUGCAGAACUUGGUCACAGAUUGUCUCAAUUGUUUGAGCAUGUGAAUGACCUUGGACCAAUAUGUAGUCAGUUAUUAGAUCUACUACUCUUUGUCCUAUUCCCAGUGGAAGUUUCCUAAACGUUGCUAAAGAAAAUGUUGUGUAUUAAAAAACCUAGAGAGCCCACAAAGUAAUUCUGUGUGUUGGUGCAUAUUAUAUGGUUACGUUCUUUUGUGUGCCUAUAAUCGAAGAGAAAUGAUUAUUCUGUAAUAUUAUUAUGAAGCUUGUGUUCAGUGCAGUGUGUGGAUAAAAAUAUCUAUAUUAACCAAGGCCCUGGCCUGGUGCUUGUAAAACUUUUAGAGUCUAAACUCGAGACUCUAAUAGAGUCUUGAGACGUGAACGUCAUGACAACUCCAUACAAAUUGCGUGUGAUGUCAUUACAGAUUGAGUGCGGGUCCUGUUCCACAAAACUGUCUUAGCGCUAAGAUCACCUUGAGUGCAUAAGGUAGUUACGUAUUUAAGGUGAUCUCAGCUCUAGGAUCGCUUUGUGGAAUGGAGACCAGGACUUCGACUGUAGAAACUUUUGAUGAUUAAAUUAAGCAGAUUGUUACACACAUUGCAUUAAUGUUUACAUAAUAUUUUGUUUUAUUAUUUAAAGAAAUGUACCAUCUAAAAUCUAGUGAUGAACAAAAACCACAGAAACAUAGGUUAAAGUCAGGAUUUAAAAACCACAAGUUAAUAAUUAAAUUGUAGUUUGGUUUAAUUUUGGUUUCAGAUAACAUAGGUAAAGAAUGAAAAGCAUAGUUGAAAUAUUGUUGAAAGGUUAAUGUUUUUAAGUCUAUGACAAUUUUCACACUAUCAUUUUUGCUUCAUACACAAUAAAUAUAGCUUUUUUAAGUACAAUAUUUUCGUCAAUCAUUGUUAAAUGCAUGAGUAAUCUUCAAACAAAAAAAUUUCAAUAGUAUUUUUUCACUCAAACAUCUCCUGCAUUUUCAAAAUAGAAGCAUCAUGCACCCAGUUUGUUGAUAUUUAGGGAGAUGCAAAAUGACAUUCAAAUACUGAUGUCAUUCAAAUUCAGAAACGUUUAUGUGAUCUAUGGGAUGUGGCUCUUGUAACUUAGCUCUACAUUGGUUAUUUAAAAUAAUUGUUCAUUCCAUAUUGAGCAGAGAACAUCAUUUAUUUUGAAAUAAAAAUGUAGAACAAAUAUGUUCAGAGUUUUAAAAGAUAAAAGAAACCAAAUAGUAACAUUUGUCCAAUAUAACGUAAAGCAAACUUUAUGGGUCAAAAAUUGUCAUUGACUUUUCUUGUCCAUUGUCAACUUUUAGUCUCAGGAUUUCUCGUGUCUAAAACCUUUCAAGAGAUGACUUCUUAAAAACAGAAAGAGCAAACUUUGGUGCUAGUUAGCUUGAAGGAAAUGCAAAUAAUGUCUUUCAAACAUGAAGUACAGCUAACUGUAGAAGACAGUUUCAUUGUAAUGCUGCUGAUAAACUGGGCAGCAUUUCAUAUCAACAUGGUAUACACGUGUAAUACAGCCAUGGCUGUCAUACGGGAAGCCUAAUGAAUCUUAACAUAGUAUACACACACACGUAAUACAGCCAUGGCUGUCAUACAGGAAGCCUAAUGAAUCUUAACAUAGUAUACACACACACACGUAAUACAGCCAUGGCUGUCAUACAGGAAGCCUAAUGAAUCUUAACAUAGUAUACACACACACACGUAAUACAGCCAUGGCUGUCGUACAGGAAGCCUAAUGAAUCUUAACAUAGUAUACACACACACACACGUAAUACAGCCAUGGCUGUCAUACGGAAGCCUAAUGAAUCUUGACCGUAUACACGCACACACGUAAUACAGCCAUGGCUGUCAUACGGAAGCCUAAUGAAUCUGAAAAUAUUAAUAGUUUUUUAUUUUGUUGUUAAUUGAUGUUUUAAUAAAUUUUGACAUUAAAUCAAAUCCUAAGAAUAUUGUUAAAAAAAUUUCAUUCUAAAUUCAGUAUCAAAACAAAAGAGAUGAUUUAAAAUCUGCAUAUUAUAUUUCUUUAAUUCAUGGUGACCAAUUAGGCUGGUGUGGAAGUUAGCAUUGAAAUUAGUUUUUUUUUAAUUUGUAAAUUAUAUCUUCGAAUUCAUUUGUGUGUGUAAAUACCGGUAGUUGUUGUGUGUCAAUGAAAUUCAGUUUAAUGUUUUUGAUCUUUGAAAAAUAAUAAUAUGCACUGUAAAUUUGAGACAUAAUGAGUAUUUUACAUGAAAAAGUUUUCAGCUUUUAUGUGAAUAGAUUAAAUGUCAGAAUUAUAUAUAGUCCAUGUGUGUCAGGAUACUUUGCAUAUAGCUGUAGAUAUUUUAAGCUAGAUACCUGCCAGCAGUAUUGGUAAAGAGGGAAGCAAUAAACAACAAUUGGUUAAUGAUGUCAGUGAGUGCUGUUUUUACAUCUUCAUUUACAUUUUCAGUAAAUCAACACCGUGGCUGGGGGAGGGCAUUCAUCCCACACUUGUGGCUACCUCGGUAUUUAAAUGUCCCAGAAUGCAUUUAAGAUCAGCUACAUGUACAAUGUCAUGUCAUGUCAUAGGGUUUUACGUGCAUAUUCAGAACAAGCUGUUGUAACGCAUGCCUGUUGUUGGCACAAGAGCCGGCCUUGGCCGGCUUCUCCGUCCAUGACAGGAAAGGUGGGGGGAGGGGAGAGGAGGGACUGCCUGCACUGGCAGGUGCAAGGGAGCACCAGCAGCCCGAUCAAAUCGGUAGCAGGCGGGUGGGGUACAUGUACAAGCCAGAGUUAACAAGAAAUAUUUGAAAGUAGGCAACAGCAGAAUGGUUUAGAUUUGGAACCUAAUUCGUUUAAGUAUUUAUAUAAAUAAACACUUUAACUGACAUUCGCUGUAAGUUAAUGUAUAAAAUCUGUAGGUGGUAGAAGUUAUUUUAAAUCGGUAACCUACCAUCUGAAAAUGCGUGUUUUUAGCUGAGUUUUUUUGUUGUUUUUUAUUUAAACGGGAGAAAAAUGCUUGGUUUAUUUUCUUUUUAAUCACCAGAGUUAUUAUCAAACACAUUGGUGAUCAGAAUUUUAUGCAGAAAUUUGAAUUGCAUAGCUUUAUUCAAAGAUGUAUAGUGUAAGUAUUGUUAUUUCAUUUUCAUACAUCAUCCUGACCAAAUUUUCAAUUACUCUGUUACUUUUUGUAACACUGGGAGCAUGUAUAGAAGUUUGAAUUGGGUUAUAUAUACAUGUAUAUUAUAAAAUAAAGAAAUACUUCUAAAAAUAUA